GCCCUGGAUUGACGCGCAGUGUGUCCACCAGAAGGAUGGUCCGGUACAUAAACCCCCCCUUCAGUGGCUGCUCGCCAUAACAGUCGUUUAAUUAUUGGAUCAUCGAUAUUUUUGGGACGUGACCACUUCCGUAGUGUCUACUUAACGGAACGAAGGGGAGGGAAGUGGUGGUUGGGUUGUUGGACCGGACCCUCGGAGGUGAGAUGAUGUCGCGGCGGCGGACGGACGGCCGCGGCGGGCCGGCGGCAGCGGGGUUGCUGAGCUCUGUCCUCACGACCAUCAGCACGGAGCCCAUGGAGGCCGGCUACGAGUUCACCGGGGAGCUGGGACGGGGGAAGUUUGCGGUGGUGCGGCGGUGCGUGGAGAAGGCAACGGGCAAAGUGUUCGCCGCCAAGUUCUUGAAGAAGCGUCGGCGGGGGCGCGACUGUCGCGCCGACGUCCUGCACGAGAUGGCGGUCCUGGAACUGGCGCGGGACAACCCCCGCGUGGUAAACCUGCAUGCUGCCCAUGAGACGGACCACGACAUCAUCCUGGUGCUGGAGUAUGCGGCCGGAGGGGAGAUCUUCGACCACUGUGUGUCUGACGAGCUGCUCCCCGAGGCCCAGGUCACGCGGCUGAUCCGACAGAUGCUGGAGGGAGUGCAGCACCUCCACAGCAGCAACCUGGUGCACCUUGACCUCAAGCCUCAGAACAUCCUCCUGACCCAGCAGUCCCCUCCAGGGGACAUCAAGAUCGUAGACUUCGGUCUGUCUCGUAGGCUGGGCACCGCAGGCGAGCUCAGGGAGAUUCUUGGCACACCUGAAUACGUGGCGCCAGAAAUUCUAAAUUAUGAGCCAAUCUCAACUGCGAGUGACCUGUGGAGCGUGGGGGUGAUCUCCUACAUGCUGGUGACGGGCGAGUCUCCCUUUGUGGGCGAGGACAAGCAGGAGACGUACCUGAACGUGUCCCAGGUCAACGUGGACUACAGCGGGGAGGCCUUCUCCCGCGUGUCAGAGCUAGCUGUGGACUUCGUCCGCAAGCUGCUAGUCAAGGCCCCCGAGGACCGGCCCAGCGCUGCAGAGUGCAUCAGCCACCCGUGGUUGUCUCAGCCCCCCCAGCCCUGCCUCAGCCCCGAGCUGGCCCCCGCCCGCCUCGGGCCCCGGGAGCGCUGCAGCGGCUCCAAGUGGGCCGCGCCCCCGGAGGACCCUGAGGACAAGGAGAACUUCCUGGACUCGCCGCGUGCCAGUGCCAAGCGCUUCCGCUUCGACGAGGAGGCGGCGGCGGCCGGGGACGGGGACUUCUAACGCGACAGGGGGUAGCGCUUCAGGGCCGUCCACGCGGGGUGUAUAAUGUUUUAUGUGACUAAAAACCGCCGACAGGUCUACUCUGCUCCAUCCCCCCCUCGUCUCUGCCCACCAGCACUUACCCCCCAGGCCCCCCUCACACCAAAGAUAACCAGCGCUGACCUGUUAUCAGCCAUCCUCCUCUCUAAAUCCACAGUCCGUGUGUGUGUGUGUUGAAUAAUAUAAAGGUAUCGAUCUAAAACUGGUAACACGGUUCAUAUAGUUUGCUGGCAUUGGGUUUUCUUGGUGUCCUUUUAUAGUAAUGUGUCUGGGUGGGGUGCCUCAAGGGACAUCUAGGCAGUGCUUUUCUUCCAGAGGCUUAAGCAGGACUCAAAGACCUCCCAGACGGCGGGUGUCCCUCCCCGCCCGAGGCCCUGAGGUAACUCCAGUGUCGUUGUCAGGGUUUGGUUGUCUUGCACGAGUCCUGAGGUAAUGCACUUGUUUUGCAUGCCACCAUAGCGUGCAAACAAACAGCACGUUUCUUUUACCGUGUCCUUUCCACUUAAUGCGGGUCGACUCUUGCUCGACUUUCUUAAAUGUGAGGGAUACCUAUUGUCCUAAAUUCAUUUGUUUUAUCUCAAUCCGCCUUUUUUGUCAGUUUUUUUUCCAUAUUAAAUGACCAAACUCGAUUGAGCAUUUCAGCGCUCUUCGUCAUCCACUUCCCUCUGGGUUCCUGCGUCUAACGAUGACUGUAUUGUUUCCCUGGUGCCACAGGGCAGGAUGGCACGCUCUGCACGAUGCAUUCCUUCCCUGUGUACCUACUUCAGUACCGUGGUGUUGCGCUUUCGCAAAAAGGUUAGCCAAAUCCGGGUGUCGAGCCAGGGUUUGGCGUAAAAGCCUCUCUGUGAAGACGUACUCCUAAGCCCAAGCAUUCCCUUAUUCCCUUCACAUUCCCUGACCGAACCAUUAUUAUAUUCAUGAUUUUGAGGGGGGUGUUCUAAAUAUGCACUAUGAGUUCCCAAUAAAUGAAGGUUCUUGUUGAUCGUUUUUAGCCUCGUAGCAGCAGCGGUGUCCUUGACAUUCCGCUUGAUUGCUUCAUAUGAAUCUAAACUAACUUGAAACUGUACCAGCACGAACACUGUGAGUCAUCCGGUAUCUGGCAUGGCACGCCCCACACUUCCUCACACUUUAUCAGAGCACACGUAACACUGUGGCCCUGACUUACUGAGCGCCAGGGCAUUGAACAGGUGUGGCCGUGUUUCAGUCACUGCUGAUACAUGCUUCAGUGCUUUCAUAGCAUUGGCAAAAGAAAGCUCCCCUGAGCUAAGCUACUUCUCUCUGGGUGGGGGCGUCUUUUAAAGCUUCUUUUUGACUUGCUGGUCCCAGGGCGGGGGAGGUAGGCUGGGAGGGAGAGCCCUGAGCGGGUCACCUGGAAGUCGGUUGUGAGGUGGGCUAGGAGGGAGAGACAGGUCAGCUAGUAGCCCCCCCCCCCCCCCCCCCCCAUGACCCUGGUCCUCCUACCUAGUCCUUCUCUGUCCACUGUGCCUCUUCAUGUUCCAUCACCUUGUUUUUAUAUGCUAUAUAAUAUUAUACUUGAGUCUAUUAUUUAUGUGUGUUUUCUAUUUGUUUAAUGUAAAUUAAUGUUAUUUUUCCUUUUUAUUUGGUUCAAGUUGAGGGUGGGGUCAGGAGGUGACCUCCUCAGGACGUGCUGGUCGGAAGCGGGGAAAGCAAAGAAAGAGUUCUGAAACGGUACUGAGGAAGUUUGAAUUAAGGUUGGCGUCUGAUUUGUCGGCUAGGUUGACGAAUGGGGAAGUAGGGAGGUAUAAGGUUGGUGAGGGAGAGGACUGCGUCACACACAUUGGCUGGUCUGAGAUUAGAUGUGUAUAAUAAAGUGUUAAAAUCAAUGUUGUAAACAUUAAAAUAUUCCAGGUGGGUUGGGCUGGUAAACACUUGAGAUGUGUCCUCGUAAUGAACUGAACUGGAGCAUUGAUAAUUGAAUCGUCGUAUUGAAUCUUCCUGGAUCCUUGACUCAGAUGAGAUGAACCACCACGUUCUUCUCUACUCCCUUUUAUACACACUGGUGCCAAAGCAAAAGAAAGCAUAAAAAGCACUGCAUUGUGCUUGACGGUUGUCCCUUAUUGUUUGUUUUUUAAAUGGAGAUGUCACCAGCUGACACUGGGGCCUUUGUCUGGGAGUCAGUCGGAGCCAGGCCACGCUCGGUCUGAUGCGGUCACUGUCCCGGGGCCCCACCAACAACCCCCCCCACUGCAGGGAGGGUCUGAACAGCACAUCUGUAAUCCGACCUCAUCCAGGACAUUUCCCUGGUUUCAGAUCACUUGUGUGUUGGGAAAUUGGCUCCAAGAAUCCCGACUCAGGUCUGUGUGAAUUGGUGACCUCCAGGAGACUUUCUAUGCAAGGUCGAGCUCGUCCACCCUGCCAUGUCUCGCUGGCUGUCAUUAAAACGUGUUUUUUAAUACUGGAGCUGAGCGGUGUGGUCGCCUCAUGCAGGCGAUCCCUGUAGCUGUUGACGGUGCAGUCUUUAGUUGACAUACUGUAGUUCUCUGUGUGUGCGUCACUUGAAGUCUUCACUACUCUGCGGUGGUGGAGCUCAUUAUCUUGGCGGCUGAGGCGAGUGUCCCCUUGUUUAUUGUGCUUUGCUGUGCGAACGCGAGGUGCUCGGUUUACACACGUCGGGUCAUUGUCAAGAACUGGAGCACCAGCGGUGAUGUCACUCCUGGUGAUGUCAUCCCACAUUCCUGUUAAUGAGGUGCUGUUUUGCGCGUUCAGGGAAAAUAAACAAAGGCAACUUCUGAGUUGCAACUCAACUCGGUGCGAAGCACAAGAAAAUGUUUAAUUAUUAGAGGAAUGUGUAUAUUCUGAAUUUUGUUCUUAUGUUUAUUUGUUCAUGUAUACAUAUUGAUUUGAUAUUAAACAUUGAUU